AUUGAAUUAAUCUAUGUGCUGAGAGAGAGAGAAAGAGAGAGGAGGAUCGAAUGGUAGCUCCUCCAAGCUUAUACUAGUCGCAUCGAAGCUGAAGCGAGCUUUGGAGAAGAACAAGUUGACGACUUUAUUCCUACUCUCAGUGACUCUGCGGGUGCUUGGUGACAAGUAUCUUCUCUCUUGAAAGUCUCCGAUGUCGCAGAGAUGGAGCAGCAGAAAGAAGAGUCGGCUUCCGUUGGCGGGUCUUCUCUUUAUGCUCGUUGUCACCAUUAUGAUCCUCUUCAACGAGCGUAGCAUUCAGCAGAUCCACUACCACGCCUCGACGACUCACACUCAAAUUCUCCGUCAACCUUCCUCUUUCACUUUCGUCAAGCCUAAUGUUCCUGCGAUUAACUUGGGAGCUCUUGAGGUUUUGGAUAGAUUCAGCAGAUGCAACUCCACGAAAGAUUACAGUGGGAAGAACAUCAGAUUGGUUGACCCGUAUGAACAAGACUCGGGUCAAGGACCAAAGGAGGAGCACUGUGAUGUCUUCUCUGGGAAAUGGGUCUUUGAUAAUUCAUCAUACCCUUUGCACAAGGAAUCUGAGUGCCCUUACAUGUCUGACCAGUUGGCUUGUCAGAAGCAUGGCAGGAAGGAUUUGGAAUAUCAACAUUGGAGAUGGCAACCUCAUGCCUGCAACUUGAAGAGAUGGAAUGUGACAGAAAUGUGGGAGAAGCUUAGAGGAAAGAGAUUGAUGUUUGUUGGAGACUCAUUAAACAGAGGCCAAUGGAUAUCAAUGGUUUGUCUGUUACAGUCUGUUAUUCCACGUGACAAGCAGUCUAUGUCUCCCAACGCUCACCUCACCAUUUUCAGGGCAGAGAACUACAAUGCCACGGUGGAGUUUCUCUGGGCUCCAUUGCUCGUGGAAUCAAAUUCUGAUGACCCGGUUAAUCACAGAUUGGACGAAAGGAUUAUCCGACCUGAUUCAGUUCUGAAACAUGCAUCAAAGUGGCAACAUGCUGAUAUCUUAGUCUUCAACACAUACUUAUGGUGGAGGCAAGACCCAGUCAAGAUCCGAUGGAGCAGUGAAGAAAAAGGGUCAUGCGAGGAGGUGAAGGGUGCCGAGGGAAUGGAGAUGGCAAUGAAUUCUUGGGCUGAUUGGAUUGCUAAUAAUGUCGAUCCAAACAAAAAGCGGGUUUUCUUUGUCACAAUGUCUCCUACGCAUCAAUGGAGCCGAGAAUGGAACCCGGGAAGCGAAGGAAACUGCUACGGGGAGAAGAAACCAAUAGAGGAAGAGAGUUACUGGGGAAGUGGGUCAGACAUUCCGACAAUGAGGAUGGUGAAGAGGGUUUUGGAGAGACUGGGACCGAAGGUUUCAGUUAUAAACAUCACUCAGUUGUCUGAGUAUCGUAAAGAUGGUCAUCCGUCGGUGUACCGGAAAUUCUGGGAACCUCUAAACAAAGACCGGUUGAAUAAACCGGCAUCGUAUUCAGAUUGUACUCAUUGGUGUGUACCCGGAGUUCCUGAUGUCUGGAAUCAAUUGCUUUUCCAGUUUUUGUGAAAAAUUUAUAUGAAUGAAAGUUUUUUUUGUCAAAAUUUGUUUGA